AUGCAGAUUAAGGACGAACUAGGCUUGAAAUGGCCCCAACCGCUAAGCACUUCUUCCAGGAAGCAGGACCCGAAGAAAUUCUGUCAUUUCCAUAAGGAUCAUGGCCAUUACACUGACGAAUGUCGUGAUCUGAAAGAGAUAAUUUUAGAAUUGAUUCAACGGGGAAAGCUCCAAAAGUUCCUUAAGAGGGACCACCACCCUCGGACAAGGACUAACGACAAGUCUCAUGAUGAUGCCAAGGAUGAUGAAAAUGACGAUAUCACGUUCUCUAAGCGGGAUGCAAGUGGGAUUAAGCAACCCCAUGAUGAUCCACUUGUCAUUGUACUGGAAAUUGAAGGUUUCAACACAAGGAAAAUAUUGAUUGAUAACGAGAGCUCUGUUGAUAUAAUGUACAUAACGGCCUACCAGCAGUUGAGGUUGAAUCUGAAGAGGCUUAGACCUUUCAAAUCCCCAUUGUUUAGCUUCAGUGGAGAUCGAAUUUAUCCAAAAGGAAUCAUCUUGUUGUUAGUAACAGCUGGAACACAUCCAACCCAGGUAACAAAACAUGUUGAUUUUUUGAUUGUCGAUUGCCCAUUGUCCUAUAAUUUCAUCCUGGGACGACUUACACUAAAUCGACUUAAGGCUAUAACCUCGACUUAUUGCCUGAAAGUGAAGUUUUCAACCCCAAAUGGGAUAGGACAAAUAUGCAAGGAUCAGCAUUUGGCUAGAAAAUGUUACCAAGUGGUAUUAGCUUCAAGAGAAAACCAUGCAUGGAUGGUGGAAGAAGAAACAAAGAAGCCUGCACAGGAGCUGGAAGAUGUGAACCUAGUAGAAGAAGACGCUACCAAGGUUCCAAAGGUGGGAGCAGAACUUGACUCAAACUUGAAGGAAAAGAUCGUGGAGUUCCUAAAGCAGAAUCUAGAUAUCUAUGCUUGGACUCACGAAGACAUGCCAGGAAUAGACAACAAAGUGAUAGAACACAAGUUAAAUGUCGAUCCCACCAAAAAUCCUAUCCAGUAG